GGGAUAUUCGGUACACAACAGUAACAUAUUUAAAAACCAAACAGGGUACGGUAAUUUUGCAGUGAAAACUUUAAUUUGUGAAUCGGUUUCUCUGAUGGAUUAUUGGAUUAUGGAUAAAGAUAGUUCACAGCAUCGCAAACAGAUGUAUUAGUUCGAGCAUGGAUUACUGUGGAUUAUGGAUACAUGAAUGAAGUGAAUACACACAACAUCUCUGUUGCCUGCGGUAAAAUUGGAUCAAGGGAGGUAAAAAAUAUUUAAAAUGGCAUCAAGACGGAAGAGUGCACGGCCUACGAACAAAUCACGACAACAGAUACAGGAAAACGACGAUGAUGAUACUACUGAGAUGAUAGAGGCGAUGAAACCUAAGAUUUCACCAAAGAAUGAAGCCAAUGGCCUCAACCCUCCCAAGAAGGCUGCAUUUCAACUCAGGCAUGACCCGACCCAAGAUAGGCCUGACCCACACGUAACACUAGAUGGCCCUGACCCACACACAUCACGAGAGGGUCAGGGGCCACACACAUUACGUGAUGGCCAGGGGCCACACACAUCACGAGAUGGCCAGGGGCCACACACAUCACGAGAUGGCCAGGGGCCACACAUCGCCAUACCUUCAGAUAUCUACCACGACUUUGAAGCUCUGAAAUCUUUAACCAAACUCGACACGGGGGACUUAAUGAGAAAACUACUCAAAGACUAUCAGAGAAUGACGUCAUCUAACCAAGCAUCACGUGAGAGAAGGCUCGAUGACGUCAUCGGCGACCUGGUGGCCGCGAGGACCACAAGCAUCCUUGACCUGUCCAAGAAAGGUGCGGCACUGUACGGCUGCCAGGCGGGCGGGAGCGCGAACUCUCCAGUGGCAGACGACAAGGUCGCCAUGGGCAUGUACAACAGCGAGGUGGACGAGGCUGAGAUGGACGACGACACGGGACCUUUGGAUCUGACUCUUCACAAGCCGGACCAAGCUGCGUCACCUGACUCGGCUAUCGUAGAAGACAUAACCACGAAACUCACACCUUCAACUCCUACCUACCCCUCAUCUCAGAACACCGAAUCCAGCGCCCGUAAUUCUUUAAAAACAACAGGUUCCUAUGUCAUCAACUUAGAAUCAGCAUCAACUGAAGGUCCCAGUUCUCACAUAUCAACAUUGUCUCAAAUUCUCAGUCUCGGGACUGCGCCAAACUCAUCCAGUAAACAUAAUGCAAACACUUCCGACGUGAGUAGUUUGCUGUGGAACACGGCUAAACGCACGAGCGAGUCCUACACGUCUGAAACAAAACCCAGUUCAAGUAAGCCUCCCACUCCUCUAGUGAGCACUCUAUCCUUUCAACAGCAGCUGGUGAGUACUCCCAAACUUGGUGGCUUACCAUCUUACACCGAAGCUCUAAACUCAGUUUUGAACUCACACAAACAGCCUAAGAAGUCGCAGGUAAAUACAGAUACAGCGCCCAGUUCAGAAAAACAAACACCGACGCAGGAAAAGUUAAGCAUGACGAACAAUGGAUUAUCGUUUUUUCAAAUCCACACCGAAGAUGCGGAUAUCAAAUUUAUACCGUUUAACUUCAACCCGCAAUUAAUGUCACCGAUGAGCGAACAGCAACAUAAAUCGUUUAUGGCGCAAUCGACGUUGCAGAAAGAAUCAAACGAACAGAAACCCACACAGCCGAACCAACAGCCACAGUUAUCACCUGAUGUUCCUAAAUUUCAGAUGUUACCAGUGCAAGCCGCCAAACAAGAAAAUCCCGAAAAUCCAAAAUUUAUGAAAAGCACGGAAUUCCCAAAUUUUUUACUGGAUCCUCAAACUAUGAGGACGACGAGUAUAAACGAUCCACAAACAUCCAUGUCAAUGCCUGCGUUCUUCGUCACAUCCACCACCAACGGAGUCAGCAACAUGGUCGCCAUACCCUUGCUUCACAGUCUUCCAGAGGGAAUCACCGGACUCCAGCCCUUUGCGUUUGCACCUCAUCCCACACCCGUUUCAACUUCAUCGUCUAUUUCAUCUCCACAAAUGAUGUCCACACCUCCACAUAUUGCUGUCUCAGAUCUUAACAAACCCACGGAGCACUACUCCAGCUUUGAUAACACUAACCAAUCCACCAAACCAUCCCCCGAGUCUCCUGUAUUUAACAUGGAGCCUUUGCCUUCCCCUACACAGUCCCAGGUCAGGUCUAAACCAGGGCGCCCCAGGGGCAGGGGUGGGAGAGGACCGUCACAAAGAAAUCAGAACAAAGACAUGAAACUUCUGACAGAAAACACGCUUUUCCCUGGCGUCUACACAAGUAUUUUAAAACUUCCUUGGAGCAGACGCUCUAGAAAUAAAUCAAAAGUUAAAACAGUUUCUGAACUGAAAAGAGAAGCACAGAUUAUAGCGCAAGAUAAACUUAACGAGACAAUGUCUGAAAUUACAACGUCUGAAGCCAAUAGACUACACGUCGAUGUCCAGAACUGUGAUUCGUUUUUAGAAGACAGGAGGGAGUCGCUAGAUCUUGGAACUGCCAAGAACGUAAACGAGCAUAGUCUCACGGCAGUUCAACGCCAGCAAAAACUGGAGGAAGAGCUACAACAACAGUCAGUUCAUGCACAGAAACAGAAAGAUCUUGAGCAACAACAGCGUCUUCACGCCCAGUACCAUCUCCGGCUUCAAGAAGAGCAGCGGAAGUUGACAAAACAAAUCGAAAUGUCGUACCUUGCUACAUCCGGGUCUCUACCAAGUUCGGUCGCGUUUUCGAUGUUAUCGCAGCCCGGUUCCUCCAUUAAACAGGAUGAGAUGAAUAACGAAAUUCCCCAGUCUAUUUCUCCUGGUCAAAUUCCUCCAUCUUGCCACCUUUUGUCCGAUGUCUUGUACGGUAAACAAAUUAUCCCACAGUCCAGAGACCCUAUGAUGAUGGUGUAUUCCAGCCUCGAUCCCAACGGUUUAAAAUCCUCACCACGAAAACGAGGCCGGCCUCCUAAAACACCAACGCUACCACGACCUACUGAGGAAACGUCUUUGGAUGGAACUUCAACAGGAAACUUAAUCUCAGCUCCACCAGAUAAUUUCUUAAACCUGACAGCCCCUACAAGCACACAAAACGUAUCAACAGUGAACAUGACUCUCACUACUAAAACCGAGCUUCCAUAUCAUCACUCGUUUGACCUAGAAAACGUAACGGCACUGACGCCAAAAUUAGAAACACAAUCAGACAACGAAACUGAAUUAGCGCUGGAUCAAAAGAUGUCUUUCUUAUCUAAUUCCUUGACGCUCGCGAACCCUCAACAAAUGUCUCACCUUGAUUUACCUGAAUUGCCUGCAGGUACCUCAGGUGUGGCUGAAGGAAACUUUGAAACCAGCGAGACCAGAAAAGACGAGCUCAGUUUCCCCGAGCCUCGUUCUGAAAUCAAACCCAGGAGGAAGAAAGUCUCCAGGCUGCUCAAAUCAAACGAAAAUUUUAUUUACGCCACUUUUAAAAUCAAACCUAAAACUGGAAGUCUCAUGCCGAGGAAAACGAGAAAAAAGAGAAAAGAUGUUUUAGCUACAACAGCGGCCGCAGCAGAGACUAUCGCAAAUCUCAGACAGAAGAAACUUCUAGACGCUGCUAGCGAUAGGGCGGAUAAAAACCUCGCGAUGGUCGCGUGGAAGUUUCACGAGCAGUACCCGUGCUUGGAAGACGAGGCAGGGGAGAGAAGUGAUCCGAGAUCAGUGUGUGUUACUUGUGGAGCCUUAACUCCCUUAGGCAGUGAAGAGUACCUUAACAACCAGUGUAACUCGUGCAUGCAGGAGACCCCGUUAUCAGACCAGCACAAACUGAACUGUGAUACAGAAUCCAGGGCGGAAUGCUGCGUCACAUGUGGAAGAAUAUUCCAGAAACACUUCUCCGACCCCAGCUCCAGAUGUGAAACCUGCAUCCGAUCCAUAGAUACAUCCAUUAAAUCAUCCAAGCUAUUUUCCUUCCACGAUUCCCCUACAACAUCCACAACAGCAUCGUAUCCAUUAGACUGUUCGCUAUCCACUCCUUCAACCACAGCCUCAUCCAUUGUUUCUCAACUAAUGGAUGUUAAAUCCGCGGGGAUGAAAACAGCCAAAGUCAACAACAACCACCUUUUCUGUAGCUUAUGCCGCAUGGAGUUCACGAAAAUCUGUGACUACCUAAGUCACAUUCGCGAUGUUCACGAAAACAAAUUGUCAAAACCCCAACCCUGGCACGAACCCGUACAAACUGAUACGAUAAAAAAGAUAAAAGCAUCAAAGACGAAGAAGUCUUUAGCGCAUAAAACUUUAACCUGUCCUGUUGAGGACUGCCCGCAUUUUUUCAGAGAGCAGAAAGAUUUGGAUAUGCAUUUCGUGAAGAAGCAUUCCAGUCUCGGGACUUGUUCUCAUGUUGAUUGCACCUUUGCGUAUAUAUCGCGUGAAGAACUGGAGAAUCAUCUUCGGUGCGAUCAUGGCGUGACUACGAUCCCCGCGGGAUCGAAUCCUGUCGAGGACAGUCCUGUGAAGUUGCCAGAUAAACCUUGUGCUGCGUCCUCGGUCAGCGAGAAACCGUUACGGUGUGAGUUCUGUGACUACAGGUGCCGGCAGAAAAACGCCUUGACGUGGCACAUGAGAAAACAUCCAGAGGCGGCGUCGCUGUACAGAAGAUACAGUGGCGUCAACUCCGAAUAGCACACCCAGAGGCGGCGUCGAUGUACAGAAGAUACAGUGGCGUCAACUCCGAAUAGCACACCCGAAGGUGGCGUCAACGUUCUGAAGAGACAGUUACGUAAGCUCCGAAUAGCAUACCCAGUACAGAAGACACAAUGGCGUUAGCUCUGAGUAGCACAGUAAGAUGCGGCGUCUCUUUACAGCGGCAUCAACGCCGAAUAGCGGCUGUUGUUCCAUUACUUGUGUACACUGUAAGGGAAUUAACUCAGUGCAGCAUUUGGUUAGCUGAAGUGAUACUUCUAAAUUCCUAGAUGAUGAUGUGUAUAGCUCCUUGUAUUGAACGCGCCAGUUAUUUUAAUAAUAUAAAUUGUUAUUUGGCAUUUUCUGUUCCUUGCUUUGUUUUAAAUGAAAUUUAUAAUUUAAUAAACCGAAUGUAGUGAACAUUCUUAUGUUUUUAAUUUAGAAAGUAAAUAUUUCUUUUCAAGUGUAUUUGUUUCGUUCACUAAAGCAAGGCGU